AAGUCCCAUGCACAAUCGCAAAGUAAUAGAAGUUCAGCUGCAUACUAAAGUAGGCUGCUUGAUCUGCGAUUUUUGGCAGAGCCAGUUUUUUUUGACAAUCAAAGCUGAAUGUAACCACCUCAUUGUCAUCAUGGACUUCUUUCAAAAGCUCACAGAAGCACUUUGCUCGAAUUUUGUGAGCCAUUAA